UUCCGGCCAGACCUUGAGGGGCGUGGCGUCGCUGGCAAGAUGGCGGUGCCCGAGAAGGAAAUGUUUCCAGUGAAACCGAGCCACAAAAAGUACAGGGCCGCCCUGAAGAAGGAGAAGCGAAAGAAACGUCGGCAGGAACUUGCUAGAUUGAGAGACUCAGAACUCUCACAAAAUGAGGAGGAGGAGGAGGAGGAGGAUGCAUUUAUUGAAGAAAAGCAACGAGAAGAAGAGAAACUGUUGGAGAGAGAGAGGCAAAAAUUACACGAGGAAUGGUUACUAAGGGAGCAGAAGGCACAAGAAGAAUUCAGGAUAAAGAAGGAAAAGGAAGAGGCAGCUAGAAAAUGGCAGGAAGAACAAGAGAGAAAGUUAAAGGAAGAGUGGGAGGAACAGCAGAGAAAAGAGAAAGAAGAGGAAGAGCAGAAACUACAAGAGAAGAGAGAAAGAGAGGAAGCUGUGCAGAAGAUGCUGGAUCAGGCUGAAAAUGAGUUGGAAAAUGGUACCACGUGGCAAAACCCAGAACCACCUACAGAGUUGAGAGUAAUGGAGAAAGAUCGAGCUAAUUGUCCAUUCUACAGUAAAACAGGAGCUUGCAGAUUUGGAGAUAGGUAACUAAUUUUUUAUUUUAUCAUGUCAGAAU